UCUCUGAUGCCCCUUGAGCCUUAGUACAGUUGAAGUCGCAAAGACCUGAAAAUGGGUCUGAAAUUUUCAGUAACCUGUGGGCUCUUCGAGCUGAUGCUGUUGACCCUGUUUGCUGUUCUGGUUAAAUAUGGGGAGCGUGCUAUGCCUCCAUCGCGACGAAUAAGCCAGGACGUAAACAAAAGCUCUGAAGUACACGUUCACACGGGUCCUGAGAAUGAUGUGCCGAUUCUCUAUCCUUUCUUUCAGGAUGUUAACGUUAUCGUCUUUUUUGGCGUUGGUUUAUUGAUGACCUUCCUAAAGAAGUAUGGUUAUAGUGGUGUGGGAUACAAUUUCUUCAUCGCUGCCCUCCUUUCCCAAUGGGGUGCAAUUGUAAAUGGCUGUUUUAAUCAGAUUUACAUCGAUGGAAAAGACCACAUUGAAAUUGGUUUAAGAAGUUUGAUAAGCGCGGAGUAUGCCGCCGUUACUGUCCUCAUCAGCUUUGGAGUGGUCUUGGGAAAAGUGAGCCGCCUGCAACUACUUGUCAUCGGUAUCCUGGAAAUAUUAUUCUAUGCCGUCAAUAAUUUGUUGGCAGUCAAAUAUCUGAAGUACUCCGACGCAGGAGGGUCUAUAUUCUUGCAUGCGUUUGCGGCGUAUUUCGGUUUAGCCUUGUCGUGGAUACUUUACAAUGAAAAUUCUUUGGACAAUUAUAAUGAAGGAUCCAGUUACCAUUCAGAUAUUUCUGCUAUGAUUGGUACUCUAUUCCUGUGGUUGCUCUGGCCCAGUUUCAACGCUGCGUUACUGCCUCCAGAUUACGUCGCUCAACAUCGCUCCAUCAUCAACACUUACUUCUCCUUAACUGCAUCCUGUGUUGUGGUUUUUGUGCUGUCGCCUAUCUUUCAGAGAAGUGGCGGUAAAUGGAAAAUAAGUAUGGUUCACGUUCAAAACGCUAGUCUGGCCGGCGGCGUUGCCGUGGGAACAACAUCUAACAUGUUUUUGACACCUUUCGGAGCUCUUUUAAUUGGUUGUUGCGCCGGAGCACUGAGCACUGUGGGAUUUUCCUAUUUGACAUCAUUCUUAGCCAAGUCUCUCAAAAUCCAUGACACAUGCGGUGUGCACAACUUGCAUGGAAUUCCGGGAAUUUUCGGUGGCAUUGCGGGCGCAAUUAUUACUGCGCUUGCACAAGUUGACUCAUACGGAUACGAAGGUCUAUUCAGUGUGUGGGGUGCGCGAGCUCCGAAGAUGAACUCAAUUGAAUACUGGGAGCUGAAGAAUAUGAGUGUGAAGUUUGAUGUGGGAGAUGAACGAUCAGCCUUUGUUCAGGCUGGUUACCAGGUCGCUGGUAUUAUGGUUACUUUAGCCAUCUCUAUCUUUGGAGGAAUUGUGACUGGUUUGAUUGUUAAAAGAGAGAUCUUUGAUCCACCAGCUGAAGAACAACUGUUCGAUGAUGAGGAUUUUUGGGUGCUCCCACAGAAACAUAUUGAGGGAUACGAAAACAUUGAUUGAAUCAAGAUGAGCCGGCUGUAACUCUUACUCUGGGGCGCUUUGCCUAUCAAUAUUCAUUAGUUACAUUGAUUUAGUGUAACUAGACAAUUACUAUUUGAAUUUUUAUCUUGUGUAUUACAAUUUGAUUUUUGUAGUUUUGACUUCCCUUAUGUAAGACCAUCAAGAACAUGUUAACAUGUCUAACUGUUAAGUUUUCCUUUUUUUCAGAAUCUUUCGAACGUCAAUAAGAGUGUUUGCUAUGGAGCUUUGUGAAA